UUCUUAAAAAAACGAGGCUGAGACGAACUGGCAAACGUGAAAAGAAGGAAAUUAAGCGGCAGGCAGAAAGUAGGGUGUUAAUCGAUUGUUAAUGCUGUUCAUGUAAUUUAUGAAACGUUAGCAAACAUUCUAUCUCGCUAUUUCUACGUUUUCCGUGUUAAAGCGCAGUUAUCUAACAUCAGCAAGCUAAACGUCGAUUACGUUCGAAGGUCUUUUAUAGCUCGCUCGCGUUGCUUCUGAGCUAUUCUUCCGUAGUCUUGUCAACGCCUGAAUUUCGCUUGUGCAACCAGUUUACCAAGAAUUUAAGUAACGUUAAACCGAAAGGGGAAAAGAUGGCUUCUUUUUCAUCGUUCGAAUCGGAUUCAAUGUCUUUUUCCUGCGUAUCAUUGUCCCCGAGUUGCUUAUUUUCUUGUCUCCCUGUGGCGCCUGUCGUAAUGAAUCCUUGGAUCCAGAAUAACCACGGUCAUCCUCAGAGAAAGUACACCGCCGCCAAUGCCGCCAAUGCCGGGGACAGUAUGGAAGAUUGUGUGCACUGGGCUACAAGGAGAACCUGCCGGUAUGUCGUUGUCGGCGGUCGCUAAACGAAAAUGGACAUCUUGGUGGCAGAAGACCGAGGAGUGGGAUCUAAUAAAUUGUGCACAAUGGUCUGAAUUUAAACCGCGAAGCAAGCUAGCUGUAAUUGCAUAUUUUAUAUGGACAGCUAACUUGGCUGUCACAGUAUUAUUUUCACAGGAUUGUGAAAUCUGUAACGUUGGCUAGCGUGCUACGGGAAGAGAUAUUUAUUUUAUUUAACUUAGCCAGUUAAGAAAAUAGAUCGUAUUUAGCUAUCUGUAUAUUUUUAUUUUUGCACUCGUAACGUUAGCUAGGUAUUUGCAGUAUCAUUAACGGCCUAGCAAAAUUUUCCAUUUUUCUCAUUUUUUAUUCCUAAUGCAUGUGCAAGAGAAAUCUGUGGUCUAUUUUUUUAAAACGACUGUAGCCACUACUUGGGACGUUUGCCAAUCAUUUUAGGUUUAUACAUUAAAAGUCAGGAUGUUUAGGGGCAUGCAUUCAGACGGACUUUACUCUAAAGAGAACGCCGCGCCGGCGGCAGCUCCCAGCUUUGGCGUGGCCACACGCCGGCAAACUAAUCAGGAAAGCCCGUGGAUCGGCAUUCUGUCAGUGGUCUCUAGGCCCGCCCUAGCUUUCCUGCAAAAGUAUUUACCGGGAAAGGCUCGGACAUCUACCACCUCGAGUGGCGUUUGUGGCUGGCAAAAUGGAGAUGUUAAACUGCCGUUUAAAGGUAAAAAUGCGUUUUUAGAUCAACUUGACUUCAUUCCUGAAGCGGAGCACCAUCUCGCCUGCCACCUACACCACCAGUCGGGCACUAAUGGCUUUGGUUCUUCCUCAACUAACGUUACAACUUUAAGCUGGGUUAAUGCCGCCUCGUUUCGAGAGUUAGGAAUUCAUGAUAACGCCGACUUGGACUUAAAUAUGAGACGAGACACACCAGGAGUCGGAUACUUUGCUUCUGCUAAAAACUUUCCCAGCCAGGUUUUGGUGAACGCAGAUUCAGGACAGGAUCUAACCGUAAGAACCCCAGACCACCACCGAGGUUUGGGCAGGGGUGAUUGGCCCUCAGACUCGGUUGCUUCGCCAGUAAAGAGCAACUGGUGGUGGGACAGUAUUUGGGGAUCCGCUGACGGUUCCCAAGGCUGGCUGUCCGGUUUUCUGUGGAAAACAUGCUCUGUGGCAUCAGAUCAGCAUUGUCGAGAAAAUGACAGCCGCGUCUAUUGUCAGCAGGUCGAGUCUGGUACGGCCGCCCGCGUUGCCAAGCCAACGGAACUGUUUGAACAGCGCGACUAUGGAGAGCUGAUUCCCAGCGAAAGCGCUGGACAUUCCAGCCACAAAGGAGCGUCCGAUAAUGGCAGCCCUCAGUCGGUCCGACCGGAAUCUCUCCCAAGCUCCGAAAAGCCGCUGUUAGUUUGUCAGCCCCUGUGUGAACGCCUGCCCGGUAUAAGAGCAGCCACUGCCUGCAGUGAGGUGGCCGUUCUUACUCCGGACCAGGACAAUGGAUACUCGAGUUUGGAAGAGGAGCACUCAAACUCCAGGAUGCAUUUAGUGGAACCUGUCAGUCCUGAGCAGGGUUGUUCUGGGCCUGCUGAGGGGGCAGAGGAGCUCGUUUUCCCUGCGGAAGGCGGUACGACUGCUGAGGGGAGCUCAAAGCUCCCGGAAGUUGAGGCCGCUGCAGACGGGAGGGAAGGAGAGGAGUCUGACUCUGACCUUUCGGACACUGAGGAGGAGGAGGAUGGGGCGGAGCCUGAGGAGCUGUCCCCGCCCCACCUGCCGUUGCCUGGCUGCCAGAACAAGGCCAUCGCCUACAUCAUGGGCGGGCCCUGUAGCGAGGACAGUGAAUCGGAUCUGGAGGAGGACAGCGACUGGGACAGCGAGGAUGAUGAUGGCUUCGACAGCGAAGGCUCGUCCGACUUCUCCGACUCUGAAGACCUGGACGAAGAGGAGGACAGGGAGGAGGAGGAAGAAGGGAAGGAGUCGGACGUGGGGGAGGCGGACGGCGAGGUGGAGCAGCUGUGGAACUCGCUCUGCCCCAGGGGGGACCCCUACGACCCCCGAAACUUCACGGCCUCCCAGCAGACGGCUCCCAGACGGGCCCCGGGUGGUGACGACCCCCCUGUGGAGGGCCCCUCCUCGCCUCAGCCCCUGCUCCCGGAGGAGGAGAGUUGGGAAGAGGAGGAGGACAGCGACCUUGAUGAAGAGGAGAGUCUGCGUCUGUGGAACUCCUUCACCUCCGGUGGAGACCCCUACAGCCCCCACGGCUCCUUCUGGACCCGACAGGACAGCAGGGGCUCCCGAAAGAGGCUGUCCCUCCCCAUCCCCCCCUCGCCCUACCUCAAACGGGAUGCAGAAGACCGGAUGGACAGCGGCUUCUCCGAAGUCCUCCCCCCCCCAGACCAGAUCGCCGUCUGCAGCGCCAAGCUUAAGAGGGUACGCUUUGCGGAGGAGGUAGAGGAGUUCUACGCCAACAGCGACGAAGAUCGCCGAGGCCCCUGGGAGGAGUUCGCCCGCGACCGAUGCCGAUUCGUCCGUCGGGUGCAGGAAACGGAGCUCGCCAUUGGCUACUGCCUGACGCCCACCUUCCGCCUCGUCAUCUUCAACCGCCUGCACCAGAGCUGCUGAGGGGUUUCCUGCUUCCUGUUUGAUUAGCUUGAUUUCAUGAGAAAGAGACUCUUUGUGGACUCGUUCAGGGUGUAAAAGGACACAACCUGCGUGUAGUUCCGUGUUUAAGGGCUCAUCGGUCAUUGUCCCAGGAAACCUUUCGCUUGAGCUGUGAGUGAACGGUACCGCGGUACUGUACUGCUCUGCGGUGGUAGUUGUUGACCGGAAUCUGGAAUGGUUUAUUUUCACAGCCCAAACUCACCCCCCAAAACACUGCUCUCUCACCCCCACCACCCAUUCUUUCUUUAGUUUUAAACCGCUUUUGCCACUCUAACAGAUCAGGGAAACCACGUCUGAAUUUAGUUUCGUGUUCUUCUUCGUUUAAUCUGUUCCUGGCUUGCGCAAUGGUCACAGCGCCCCACAGUGAUGCAUUGUGGGAUUUGAUUAUUCUAAUCUUUACAGGAUUACCAGGAGCCUGCUUUUGGAACAGGCUUGGUUGUGGGCAGGCCUAACUCUGUAUUUAAAUUAAUACAGUAGUAUUGGCAUUACAUCUCGGGAUUAUAUUUAAUAUUUGCUCUCAAGUCUGUAUUGCUAGAAAGUAUUGAAGACUUGUGCAGUGGUGUGUGUUGAGUUUUCCCCAUUGCCUUGAAGUGCUAAAAAGAUUAAUUUGGAAACCAGUUUGUAUUUGUAGUACUAUUAUUACUAUAAAGGCCAAAGGUGACACUUAAAUAAAGUUCUGAAACUUCACUCCCUACACAGUAUUUAACCUCCUGUCCAUUGCAGUAAUUAAGUACCCCCCCUUCUAGUUCUGAAUACGAUCACUCUAAACUACCUGUUAUUUUUAGUCUGUUUCUAAGCAGAGCUUUAUUUGGGCAUGGGUGAUUAUGGGUAAGGGUCUAUGUCACUUGGAAACCAUUUUGCAUGAACCGUAUCUUAAAUACUUGAUUUCCAUUGUUAAACAGUCUCACUUCAUUUUCUGUGUGAUUCUUUUCAUAGUAGCAGUAUCUAGGCGGGGUUGUCUCACUCUUCUCCAAACAGUGUCAGAUUUGGAGAGGGGCGGGAGAUCGUGCAGCACUAUGCGGUGGUGUGAAGAGAGCACAGCUUUCUGUGAGAUGUAGUCUUUAGGGGACUGUUGUGUUUGGAUAUUAAUGAACUACAAAUCUGAUUCAUGUCGAGACAGUACUAUUACAUUAAAUUGUUUUAUUUUUCUAAAACACCUAGAGGUUUAGUGCUUUUUGCAUCCAUUGGAGAUUUUGUGGCAAACGAAAUUUGAUGUAUGCGUAUUGAAAUGUGCAAAUUUCAACUGAAAGUACUAAUAAAAAAAUUACCUUGAAAUAA